GUCACCAGUGGUGUAUCGCUUGCGUUCGACUCUGCAAGAUCCAAUCGCAAUCUAACUUUUUUACGACCUCUCUUUUCGCAGAGGCAGUUCUUGUUGCUUUUUAUCAUCGCUCUCCCAAUCUCAGAAGAGAGAAUUCUUGUUGCGACAGAUAACCCUGAUUCCACCAACCGGUCUUGCGACUCCCCCCGUCUCCGACAGCCGAUAGAUACCAACUCCAACAUCACCCCCUUUACUACACCACCACCGCCACCACCACUUCAACACCACCGCAGUCCCAAGGGCAACCAUGCCCGAAGCCAAAACCUCCGGCGCCUCCGCCAGCGACGGCACCGCCCGCUCCCGCACAGCAGCCGGCACCUCCUCCACCCACAACGGCCACAACCAAGGCUCCCAAUCGCGCACCUAUACCCCCGACCAAAAAGCCGCCGUCCUCCGCAUCCGCCGCUGCUCCCCCACCGCCUUCUACGAGAUCCUCGACAUCCAAAAAACAUGCACCGACUCCGAGGUGAAAAAGGCAUACCGCAAGCUCUCCCUCCUGACACACCCCGACAAAAACGGGCACGAGCACGCGGACGAGGCGUUCAAGAUGGUCGCGAGAGCGUUCAGUGUCUUGGGGGAUAAGGAAAAGAGGGAUAAAUUUGAUCGGUUUGGGACUGAUCCCGAUAGUAGAUUCGAGUCGGCCAGGGCAGCGGCGAGGGAGGGAACAGGGAUGGGUGGGUUUGGGGGGCGGCCAAGGGGGGGAGGUUUCGGGGGUUGGGAGGAGGAGAUUAGUCCUGAAGAAAUGUUUGCUAGGUUUUUUGGGGGUGGUGGCGGGGGAAUGGGUGGUGGGUUUGGGGGGCCUUUUGGGGGUAUGGACGGCGGACAAUUCUUCUUCAACCUCGGCGGCAUGGGCGGGCCAGGGAUAAGAGUCCACCAAUUCGGCGGCGGCAGACCAAGAGCAAGGCCUAGAAACCCCGGGCAGGAGGAACCACCGGCCAGCAUGCUCGGGACGAUAUUGGGACUUUUACCCAUCAUCAUCUUAUUCAUCUUUCCCAUCAUUUCGUCUAUUUUCUCCGGGUUGACGACCAUCACGACGCCGGCGACGCCGAGCAUGGUGUUUGACCAGCCGUAUGCGUCGUAUACUGUGGAGAGGAUGAUGCCAAACUACAAGACAAAGUACUACCUCAACAAGGCCGACAUCAAGUCUUACACCCCGGCCAAGUUCAACUGGUUGGAUAGGCAGGCCGAGGUGGUGUUUGUGCAGCAGCUGAGGAUCGAGUGUGAGAAGGAGAUGCAGAGGAAGCAGGAGCUGAAGGACCAGGCGACGGGGUGGUUUUCUUACAACAAGGACAAGAUGGAAUUGGCUAACAACUUUCCCAUGCCGCAGUGUAGGAGGCUGAAUUCGUUGAACAAGUAGUUUGAGGUGACGGGGGAAGGUAUUGGUUGCUGUUGUUUUUUUGCAUGAGAUAAAUACUUAGAUAAUGGUAGUGGUGUUUGGAGUGAGGGGGAGGGUGGAAGCGUUGGAAAGCUAGGUAACUUGUGAUGCCGCUGCUGCCACUCGCUUGUAAUGAGAUUAUGAAGAUGUGUACGAUGAGGUGUGUGUAUAAACGAGUGAUCUAACCUGGUGCUAUGUACACAAUCGAUGGUGUUCCCGAACUUUGC